AGGAGUGCUGCGCUUUACUGUAUGCGUUGUGGUUGUGUCCUCGUGAUUGGCUGGUUUGCCCGCAUGACCUUGAGUAGCUAGAGAUGACAGUUAUUGUUUUUCUGCUUGACAACAGCGCAGCAAUGAACCAGCGCACUUUUCAAGGCACUACGUUACUAGACGUAGCCAAAUCUGCGAUAGAGAUUUUUUUCAAAAUAAGGAUGAGCAAAUCAAGAGUAGAUCGUUAUUUUGUGCUUACUUUGAAUUCUGACAUAAGUUAUGUCAAACUUACCGGUUGGAAGCAGAAUGUUGAUCUUCAGUUACUUCAUUCUGCCUUAAAUAAUAUAAAACCAGACGGCUUAGUUGAUUUGUCAACUGGUAUUCAAAGAACAUUCCGGAUGUUAAAUAUAAAUAGAUUGCAACUCGGACUGGAAAAUUAUGGGAUGGGGAUUUAUCCAUCAUGUAUUGAACCCUCUGUAAUAAUAUGUAUUACUACUAGCAUAGGCUCAUACAGUUUUGAUGGCCAAAUUUUCAAUGAUGCAUCUAUAACUUCCAUAGAAUCUGCCGUUCUUGGGAAUGUUUUGACAAAAGAGACUUUCCGUUGGGAUUACCGCAUGUAUUCUCUGGUACUUCGUUUUCCCGCAUUUGUCAGUAAUAUUCAUGGUGGUAGCUCCAUAAGAUCAGAAACAAUCUCGCCGCUUAAAAGACUUGCGGAGAAAACUGGCGGUGAAAGUUUUGAUGUUUACGACGGUCGGGAACUCCACCAAUGUCUUGACUGUCUUGUCACAAAAUGCCAACCUGGCGUGGUUUUGAAAUUACGAAGGUCUACUGACUGCGUUGAUGCGGCUCUCCAAGAGAAAUUCGUAAAGCAGUUGAUGUCAGUUAAGCUAAUGGGAAGGUCAUCGUCUUGGCCUAUCCCAGAACAAUUUUGGCCUGAUGAUGAGAUGCUAGCAUCAGAGUUGCCACCUAGAAGUGCACAUCCUGAAGUCCUUGUAUCUAAAGUUCCUGUGGUGGAACCUGAGUUGCCCGAGUAUUUCCCCGUCGACCGUUACGAGUUGACUCCAUCACAUUUUACGAAAGAAUUUCUAAAUUCGUCGGAGCAAAAUAUGGUUUGGCGGUGUUUCAGCUAUGGUAUCAAAAAGAGUCAGAAUGCACCGUUUGGUUAUUUAAAAGUAUCAAGUGAUCUCCAGUCAGUACAUCUGCAUAUACUUCCUUACAAUUAUCCUGUAUUUCUUCAGUUACUUGGUGAUAUAUGUGAUCAUAAACGUAUGACAGAAGCCUGGGGUCAUCAGUUUGUGAACUAUCUAGGAACCAUACCGAAAUAUUACUUUAUGCCCCUAGCGAAGGCGUUUGAACGAAUAGGGUUUGUCGGGAUGAUUAAGCCUGAAGCUAUUGACCGUGCACUUCCUUAUCAAUUGAAACAUUCUUUGCAAAAGCUUCGGCAUUCAGCUAAAAUUGAAUACGAUAACUUCGUGCGUAUGACGCAAACUGACAGCCCCACAAACCCAACUGUUACUUUACCAUCAGCCUUAUUGCCUUUACCUUUGUGGCCGCUACGUGAAUUUAAAUCGAUGUAUAUCAAACCUAAGCGUCUUCAUUCAAAUUCUCUCCGACCUUGUAAUAUAUCUCGAACCAAGUUGCGCGUAGUUUUGGGAAAAAUGAGGCAUGAACUUGAUAACCUCCUAAAUGGUUCAUCUAGCAUCCGAGCAGUUGACUUGAUUCAUCAACAACCAGUCGCCUUAAUGGGUGAUUAUGUUAACUACAGAAAUUCCCGGCAGGUCGAAACACCUUUGAGGGAGAUAAAUCCAACUCCUGAACGGUCGGAUACAUUCGGAAACCCUUUCCGACGGAAGUCUACAUCCUUCGUCGCGGAUGAAGGUUUCGUUGAUGAGAUGGAUUCAUUGCAAGUUAAUUCUUGUAAUCCGAAUACAGUUUUGCUCAAUUUUGGGCGGAAAAAGUCUGCACAAACCACCAAAAAUCCUCAAGCAAGAGUCAAAGGUCCCUUACCUCCGUAUAUUAAUCACCUAAAUUGGCGUUUUUUCUCGCCGAAAUCUUCACCGCUGUCAUCGCCUAGAUCUUCGGAUAAUACUUUCAGUGAAGAAAUAUCAAGCGCGAUUUCAUCUCCCACAUAUGCCGACAAUUCCCCUUCCUUAAUAAACCACUCAAGAUUCGCCAACCAAGCAAUUAUUGAAAAAACAAAUACUUUUGAUACUAGAAAUGCAUCGUCAUUGGAAAGUUUUAAAUUAAACAAGAAAAUUAUGUUCGAAUUAAUUCAUUUGGUUCGACAGCCUUAUACAGAUGCAGUACUGUUAUUUGACCGUAUGAAUGAACUCACUGGUUCAAUUGGACAAAGAGAAGCUGUGGUUUCGAUGUUGAUGUCAGAAGCUUUGAGAUUCAGAAGAUCAUGUCUAUAUUUUUUACUAAGCGACUGGCGAACAUGGUUGCUGCAAAGUGAGAAUUCGAAAGAUCGUGUUAUUUUGCAAAAAUCGAAUCAGAGAUAUAAUUGCGAAAAGUCGUCGAUAUACGUAUUCGCUCAAUUGUUCUCGACAAGUUCAUUCAUUAAGAGCAUCGCGGAUGAUUUCAAAAAAAGGGAGUUAAUCGACGUUAAGGAUUGUCUUUCCUCAGUUUACGUCCAUCAAGGUGAAAUGGCCACUAUACCACUACUGGUCACCAAUGUACCUGCAAACAAUAUCAUUCCAGAAUACACAACUUCUGAUGAUGCAACGUCCUGUUACAUUGUCGUCUUACGUUGUCCGGUUGGUUGUUCGAUAGGACAUCUGGAUACUCCAUUGCGCGCCAGGUCAUUUUUCAGAAAUUCCGAACGUUUCUUCUUUUCAAAAGAAAGUGUUAAUGUCACAGUCCACAUAGUCGGGGGUUUUCCAGAUCCACGAAACAUUUCACAUUCUGUACUAGUUGAAAUACUUUCAUCACUAAUAUGUAGUGAUCACAAUUAUGAACUUGGGGUAUGCUGUGUCGGUGAAAAUAACAUCCUUAGCUCUAGUGGUGGAAAAUCACAACCUGUUAUUUUGGGUGUUAUCUUCAAUAUCAAAACCAACCAAAUAAAUCCUGCUCGUAUAAGUUGGAAAGCACGUGGACCUGUUCCUGCGUUAAGACUUUUACGCCUAGACUAUGUAGGUUCAGAUGAAAUAACUAACGUAUUCAACCCAGAAAGGGGUUACCUGACCAUAGAUCCUUUCCCGUACGUUCGCCCAGCUUUUGUGAAUACGCAAAUAACAUCUGAAGAAAUUCGAGCUAGGUCCACAACACCUGAGCAAGAACCUGCAACAUACUUUGAAGGUCAGAUUGCUGUGCACCGCUUAAGGCUUCACUGUCCUAACUCCCUAAGUUGGUUUGGACUUGGUCCACUGAUCUUCCGUUGUGUUCUGGAUUCAAAUAAACCGUGGGUUCCUAUAAAUGGAGCUUCCACAGUUGCAUCAGAAGACCCUUUAACAAACGUCGAAAUAUAA